AUGUUUCAGUGUAAGCAAAUUAAUGGUGUAAACAAUUCAGUAAAGUUAUUUGGAUUAUGCUCUGUAUGUAUAUGGACUUUAUUCAUCAUUUCAAAACACAUUAUUAAUAAUCGAUCGGAAUUAAUACAACCAAUUGAUAAAUUAGAAGAAAUUCCAAAAUUAUCUACUGAUACUGAUUUACGCAAUCUACCGUUGAUAUUUAUUGGUGGUCAUCAAAGUUCAGGUACUGGAUUAUUACGUGUUCUACUGGAUGUUCAUCCAAUGGUUCGAUGUGGUCCAGAACCAGUAGUUACAAGAGAAAUAUUAAGACUCAGGCCGAAGAAUCCAGACGAUCAGGAUUGGCUUUCACAAUCUGGUAUCACACAAAGUGUACUUGAUAAUGCUAUUGCUGGUUUCAUUGUAUCAAUACUGAAGAAUAUGGGACCACCUGCUGAUAGAUUAUGUCAUAAAGAUCCUUCAUCUUACAUAUAUCUAAGGUAUUUAAGUGAAUUAUUUCCGAAAGCUAAGUUCAUUCAUGCAGUACGUGAUGGAAGAGGAGCUAUAAUGUCUACAAUAAUCCGUAGAAUAAAUCCAACCUAUAAUUCGGAUAAUAUACCUGAUGCACUUAACCAAUGGACGGCUUAUACAUCACAAAUGAUAGAAGACUGCCAACACAUUGGAAUUCAUCGAUGUAUGACUGUACGUUAUGAGUGUCUUGUCAUAAAACCGAAGAGAGAGAUUCAAAAAAUCCUUAAUUUUCUGGAUCUUCCAUGGGAUGAAAAACUACUGAAUCAUGAAAAAUAUGUUAAUGAAACUUCUAUGAUAAAUAAAUACGAAGCCAGUUCAGUUCAAUUUGUUAAGGCUAUACACAAAGAAUCUUUAUAUGCUUGGUCUAAUAGUAAUUCAAUAAUACCCAUAAAUCUUAUUACAACUAUACAUAAGAAUAAUAGUCUAUUAGCUAGACUUGGUUAUACCAGUGGAAAAAUUCCUCCAAAUUAUGAAGAAGUGUGUGAAGUUGAUUUAAAAUUGUAA